AUGGUGUUUGUGACUUGAAUCCCAACCUCUAAUUCACUCCAAGAUAGCAAUAGUCAUAAAAACAAUUGUGAAACGUCAAUUAUGGCUCAACAAAAUGCGCAUGGUGACCACAAGGAGAAGAAGAGGAAGGAGAGUAUUUUGGAUUUGUCGAAAUAUCUAGAGAAAAAUAUUCGUGUGAAAUUCGCUGGAGGUCGAGAAGCUGCUGGAAUUCUCAAGGGAUACGAUCCUCUGCUUAAUCUAGUGCUGGAUAAUACCACAGAGUACCUCAGAGAUCCAGACGAUCCAUACAAAUUGAAUCAGGACACACGAAUGCUGGGACUGGUGGUCUGCAGAGGAACGUCAGUAGUUUUAAUUUGUCCAGUAGAUGGUAUGGAAUCUAUUCAAAAUCCGUUUAUCCAACAGGAUGGCUAGUCCACUGAUUAAUAAAACAUCAAUCCCGAGAAUUCGGUAAAAAAAAGCCGUGAGGCAUUGAUAAUCGUAAGGAAUAUUUUUUAAAUGUUCAAGUAUAUGUUUUUUCUACCAUAAAACAUCGAUCUGCAUGUUCAAAUGAAUAAAGAUCAUUCCAUCUUCA